AUCUAGCUCAAUCUCCUCUAUUCCGAGUAUCGGAGUCUUUUACUCACAAGAGAGCGGCUGUCGGCUAGCGUGCGCUAUGGGCCUACUCGACCAGCUGUGGGACGACAUCAUCGCCGGUCCGCGGCCGGAUAAAGGCCUCGGGAAGCUCCGGAAGCACUCUGCUUUCUCCUUCCGAUCUGAAUCCGGCAAGGAAUCCGAUGGAGGAAAUGCGAGGUCAUACGGUGAGGAUUCCUCGGAUGAAGCGAUAAGAGUUACGCGCAGCAUCAUGAUUAUAAACCCACCCGGGUACCAAAACGGGUCGCCUCCGGUCUCGCCAGCAGGAUCUACCCCUCCGGUAUCGCCUUUUUCGGGAGGUAGAGACUCGUUUCGAUUUCGAAGAAGGUCGACUUCGGAUGUCUACGAGAAGGCGAGUAAAGCUCGAACCAGAAGUCCUCCUCCUUAUGAUGUGUGAGAUAUGAGUGUCUUUCCUCGUCCAAUGUCAGAAAAAAAUUGUUGGGACUUUGAUAUCUUAUGUACUUAGGUAUGCUACAAUGGUGUUAGCUAAAUGGAGGAGGGGUAUGCGGCUGAUGCCGCGAUGCGUGGUUGUUUAUGUAGGUAGAUCUUAUGUAUCGACCGUUGAGAGCUGUGUUCUUGUAGAGGUUGUAGUUGUGUUGUGGCUGUUCUAUGACUCUAUCUGUAUAUGAAGUUUCUCGGUUCUGUUCUGUUCUGUUUAUAGUUUGUUAUGUUUUGAGUUUGUGUUUUCUGGAAUAAGAAAGAGAAACCUCUCUCGCUA